UGAGUGAUCAGCACCUAAUGGUGACCACUUUCGGGAGGGUUAGACUCGACGCCGACAACGAGCCCCGCAUUCACGGCCAGUACGAGACACUCAAUCGGCGGCCGAAGUUUGAUAUGAAUAACUUUGAGCAGCGAUUGAGUGACAGUCGCGCCGCCGCUCCCGAAGACAAACCAGUCGAUGUCGGCGUUGAAGACAGUAAUCCGUUUGAAGAGCAAUAUUUCGAUGGCAUCUCUUCGGCCGACAAGACUAGAGUGGAUGACAAUGUUGUCAACACUUCCGGCAAAUCCAAUGAUAACAAAGAGACAGACUUUGGUUUUAUUGACGAACAGUUUUUCGUUCAUAACAUAAACGUCGAGCCAUUAAUCAAACGAAAGAUUAAUUUUAAAUAUAAUCAACAAUUCAAUGAGUUCUUAGAGCAGAGGUCUGUCGACGAGCACAACAUUUUCCAUAAUCUAGUCCGC